CCUGCACAGCUGCACCGCCGGGCUGCGAGCGGCUGCGAGCGAGAGAACCUUAGGGCUAGGGAGCUAGAAAGCCAGCGGCGGGCGCUCGCCCCGCGCCUCCCCUCCACCCAACCGCGCGGCUCGCUCGCCUCUCCACCCCGCCCGGUCCGGCUCGGUCCCGGUGUGGCCACAGCCCCCGAGUUCUGGGGCAACAUAGGCAGCCUCAGGACUCUCCGGCGCGCCGCCGCGUCCCUAGACAAAGGCUUGGCCAGCGGCCCCGGCCCGCUGCGCCCUUAGCUCCCCGCCUCCCGGGCUCGCAGCUCUUCGCCCCCGCGCUUGGCUCUGCGCGCCUCGGCCGGCCGCAAAGUUUCCUCGGCGGCAGCGGCGGCUGAGCCUCGCGUCAGCGAUGGCCGCGGAGCUGAGCAUGGGGCCAGAGCUGCCCACCAGCCCGCUGGCCAUGGAGUACGUCAACGACUUCGACCUGCUCAAGUUCGACGUGAAGAAGGAGCCGCUGGGGCGCGCGGAGCGUCCGGGCCGACCCUGCACGCGCCUGCAGCCGGCUGGCUCCGUGUCGUCCACACCGCUCAGCACGCCGUGUAGCUCGGUUCCUUCUUCACCCAGCUUCAGCCCGACCGAACAGAAGACCCACCUGGAGGACCUGUACUGGAUGGCGAGCAACUACCAGCAGAUGAACCCUGAGGCCCUCAACCUGACGCCCGAGGACGCGGUGGAGGCGCUUAUCGGCGCGCACCCAGUGCCACAGCCGCUGCAGAGCUUUGACGGCUUCCGAGGCGCGCACCACCACCACCACCACCACCAUCACCCUCACCCGCACCACGCGUACCCAGGCGCUGGCGUGGCCCACGAGGAGCUGGGCCCCCACGCGCACCCGCACCAUCAUCACCACCACCAAGCGUCGCCACCGCCGCCGUCCAGCGCCGCCAGCCCCGCGCAACAGCUGCCCACCAGCCACCCCGGGCCAAGUCCACACGCAGCGGCAGCGGCGACAGUGGCCGGUGGCGGCAACGGCAGCGUGGAGGACCGCUUCUCCGACGACCAGCUCGUGUCCAUGUCAGUGCGUGAGCUGAACCGCCACCUGCGGGGCUUCACCAAGGACGAGGUGAUCCGCCUGAAGCAGAAGCGGCGGACCCUGAAGAACCGGGGCUACGCCCAAUCGUGCAGGUAUAAACGCGUCCAGCAGAAACACCACCUGGAGAAUGAGAAGACGCAGCUCAUUCAGCAGGUGGAGCAGCUUAAGCAGGAGGUGUCCCGGCUGGCCCGCGAGAGAGACGCCUACAAGGUCAAGUGCGAGAAACUCGCCAACUCCGGCUUCAGGGAGGCGGGCUCCACCAGCGACAGCCCCUCCUCUCCCGAGUUCUUUCUGUGAGUCGCGGCGGGUCCCGGCCCCCGCCCUUGUCCCAGCCCGGACUCCCUGUCCCUUGUCCCCAGCCCUGGACUCCCCUGGACCCUGUCCCUGCAAUGGCCCCGGCCUUGACCUGUUUGACUUAAAUGAGAGGGAGGAAGGGCACGCAGGCCGCGGGUGACGGGCGGGAGCGCGGGAGGCAGGGGACUUUGGCUAAAGCGAGAGUAGCUCACGCCAGCUGCCGCCUCCUACACUCGAGCCGAGCCAGAGAGACGAGGGGGUGGGAGGUCCCGGAGCAACUUUUCUCCAGGCUGGAAGGCGGCGAGGCAUGGUACCAAGGAGUCGCCAAGGCCGUCUGGCGACGCCUGGCUUUCUGAACUUUGAGAGUGCGGGCCGCUGCUCGCUGACCGGAGCUCAGUCUCCAAGAAGAGAGCAGAGGAGAGGGACCCUGGCGUCUCCGGCAGGCGCGAGGCCAGGUUGAGCAAAAGGGGAUGAACAGAUGGACCUGCCCGGGUCCAGAGUCCAGAGAACACUGGCUCUCAGCCGGGGAGACGCUGUCCUCGGUUAGGACGUUCCGGCGCGCAAAUCUCAUUCGUUUUAUUGCCUGCUCGAUUAUAUAGAAAAAUACGAAAAUCUGCAUUAAAAAUAUUAAUCCUGCAUGCUGGACAUGUAUGGUAAUAAUUUCUAUUUUGUACCAUUUUCUUGUUUAACUUUAGCAUGUUGUUGAUCAUGGAUCAUAACUCUUGUUUCUUUGGGUGAGAAGGGAUCACAGUUGGGAAACUCCAGUGGCUGUGAGCAGGGUUUCAGCCCUGGCUGCUGGUUUGUAAAUAUCUGCCCCCACCAAACCAAACCACGCAGAGUACGUGGCAGCAAGCUGAGUGUCUUUCUUUGUUUGGGUUUAUUAUUACGACAUAUUUCUUUGUAAAGUUAGAAAAAUAAAAAAAUUUUUUAAAAAAGAAAGAGAAAGAAGUUCAGGCAUUAGCAUCAGAUGACAACUUUAUCUUGCUUGGGGCAACCUUGAAAGUUGCAUGUUUUCUUCUGUCCCCGACCCUGUUAUGUUCUUGUCUUUCAGUGUUAGUUUUCAGUUUUGUGGGCUUUGAAGGACAGUGUAAGGACAGGACAGCCGUUGAGUUCCACACCUCUUCCCCAGACUCUGCCUAAUUUCUUGGCCAAAUUGACUCCUCUAAUAAGAGAGGGAAGGAAGACAGAUCUCCACUGCUUUCUAUUGUAACCAGAAUCACCCCAGGUUUCCUUUGGAAUUCUCAGGCCAGCAUUAAUUCCAAGGGCCUCCAGGAUGCUCCUCCUCCGGAGCCAUCCUUGACACUGGUCAGUGACCAGAGCUUGCACUGAACCAACUGCCACAUUUAGGAUGUGUCAAAAAAACCAAACAUUGACAAGUAAUUGCAGCUUUCAAGUGUGUUCUUUAGAUCAAUGCAUUAUGUUUCUUUCCCUGCUUUUGAGAUGGCAGGAGAGCUUAUUGGUGGUGUUCCUCUCCCCCUCCUUCAGUUGUAUAGUAGUUAUAGGGGAGAUCUGGGUGUUUUUCUUUGUUAUUACUUUUUUUCUGCAGGUCAGUAAAAGGAUUUAAGUUGCACUGACAAAAUAUACCAAAAGUAAAGCAUAUUUUUUAGUUCCCAUUGGAAAUUGCUGGCGCUGCUGGCCAGAUGCAUUUUUGAGUUUGUAUUAGUUGAUAAAUUAACAGUAAUAACAAGAUUGUAUGAACCGCAUGGUGCUUGCAGUUUUAAAUAUUGUGGAUAUUUGUCCUGCAUCAGAAACGAGCUUUGGUUUUUAUGGAUUCAACUGUGUUGAAAUCAAACUUACAGCAACAGAAAUUGUUUUUAUUUCAUGUAAAAUAAGGGAUCAAUUUCAAACCCUGCUUAUGAUAUGAAAAUAUUAAAACCUAGUCUAUUGUAGUUUUAUUCAGACUGGUUUCUGUUUUUUGGUUAUUAAAAUGGUUUCCUAUUUUGCUUAUUAAAACAUGGAAAUGGUGUUUA